AUGAAGAUCUCUAUCGCUGCCGCCAUCGGUCUUUUGGCCCUCACUCUCACUGAGGCCGUCAAGGUUAACCCCCUGCCCGCCCCCGUCACCAUCACCUGGGCUUCCUCGGGUCCCAUCAAGAUCGACAGCAACUUCAAGAUUGUUGGUACCCAGCACGAGAUCCUCAACAAGGCUUAUGCUCGUCACGCUUCCUUGAUCAAGAAGGAGCGCUGGGUUCCCCAAACCUGGGAGCAGCCCAUCAAGGAGUACCCUCCCUUCCCCACCCUCGAGAAGCGCGCUGACGAGGAGACUGUCAAGGUCCUGUCCAACUCCAACUCCAACAAGAAGGCUACCCUCAAGACCGUCAAUGUUGUCGUCUCCAACCUGAAGGCCGACCUCCAGCACGGCGUCGAUGAGUCCUACACCCUUGACAUCACCGCUGCUGGUAAGGGUACACUCAAGGCCAAGACCAUCUGGGGUGCUCUUAACGGUCUCCAGACCCUCAACCAAAUCGUCAUCAGCGACGGCAAGAGCGGUCUUCAGAUUGAGCAGCCUGUCCACAUUGUCGAUGCUCCCAAGUACCCCCAUCGCGGUAUCAUGCUGGACACCUCCCGUAACUUCUACCCCUUGGCCUCCAUCAAGAAGCAGAUCGAUGCUCUCUCCUACUCCAAGCUCAACAUCUUCCACUGGCACAUCACCGAUAACCAGUCCUGGCCCGUUGAGAUCAAGAAGUACCCCCAGAUGACCAAGGAUGCAUACUCCCCCCGCGAGAUCUAUUCUCAAAAGGACAUCAAGGAGAUCAUCAGGUACGGUCGCGAGCGCAACGUCCGAGUCAUCCCCGAGCUCGAUAUGCCCGGCCACUCUGCUGCCGGAUGGCUCCAGGUCGACAAGAAGGCCGUCACCUGCGCUGACUCCUGGUGGGACAACGAUGGCUGGACUCACCACUCUGCUGUCGAGCCCAACCCCGGUCAGCUCGAUAUUGCCUACCCCGGCACCUACAAGCUGAUCAAGGACGUCUACACCGAGAUGGCCGGCGUCUUCACCGACAACCUCUUCCACGUCGGUUUCGAUGAGCUCCAGACUUACUGCUACAAUUACUCGAGCUAUUCCAUGGAUUGGUUCAAGAAGCACCCCAACGCUGGCUACUCCGAGUUCGCUCAGCAGUACAUUGACAAGGUUCUUCCCAUCUUCCACGACAAGCCCAGCCGUCGCCUGAUCAUGUGGGAGGACUCUGUUCUCUCGCCCGACUUUGCUGCCAACUCCAUCCCCAAGGACGUCAUCAUGCAGUCGUGGAACAACGGUAUUGCCAACAUCAAGGAGCUCGCCAAGCAGGGUUACGAUAUUAUCGUCUCCUCCUCGGAUGCCUUGUACCUCGACUGCGGUAACGGUGGUUGGGUCACCAACGACCCCCGCUACAACAUCCAGGAGCCCCCAGCUUUGCCCAAGGCUAUUCAGGAUGCCUUUGACGCGAACCCCUCGGCCUACUCUCCCACCACCUUCAACUAUGGAGGCAUUGGAGGUUCGUGGUGCGCUCCUUACCACACCUGGCAGCGCAUCUACGACUACGACUUCACCCAGGGCUUGACCGCGUCCGAGGCCAAGCAUGUCAUUGGUGCUGAGGCCGCCUUGUGGUCUGAGCAGUCUGACCCCAUUGUCGUUGAUGCCAAGUUCUGGCCCCGUACCGCUGCCUUGGGCGAGUCCCUCUGGUCCGGCAACCGCGACAAGAAUGGCUUCAAGCGCACCACUAACUUGAGCGCCCGUAUCCAGGACUUCCGUGAGCGUCUCGUCAGCCGUGGCAUCCUUGCUGCUCCCUUGGUUCCCAAGUACUGCUUGAAGAACCCCCACGCCUGCGAUCUCUUCCGCAACCAGACCGCCUUGGGCAAGUAA